UUCUGCUUUAUUUAAAAGUAGUUUGUUCACUUAAAACGUGACAGCUUUUGAAAGAAAUUCCUUGCACUUGAAGGUCGUUCUGCACCAUCAAGAUGAUAAAAGCCAUUUUGUUCCUGCUCCUUGCUUUGUUGAUUCCUGCAAAGUAUGCAAAUGCUCAGGUUCCUGAUGCGAAUAUCAAGCCAGCCGUUGAUUCCAAAGCGGCUGUAGUUAUAGUAAGGGGCGGACUGAACUGUGUCUUCACUUCUUCCCGUGGAGCUCUUGCUUCCUGCCCUCACGGGUACACAGUCACUGGAUGUUCCUGUGGAAUGGCCUGUGGUUCUUGGGACGUCCGUGGUGACUCCACAUGUCACUGCCAAUGUCACAGGAUUGACUGGACUGCUGCUCGGUGUUGUAAAAUCGUUUAGUGAUGGUUUUCCUUCUUACCAUUGUUCUGCAUCUUUUAAAUUCAAUAAACUGCAUCUAAAAAGUUUUAAAUCUUCAGUGCUUUCUAAUAAUAACUAGCCAUCCCCUGCCACAUGUUGCUGUGGCCCAGUCUGGUGAUCUGGAAAAUAAAGUAAUGAG